GUUGUCAUUGUGACGACAUCGCCUACGGUGUCGGCGAAGCGUCUGCGAAUGGGCCGAGUCAGCGGUCAGAUGCCCGGACGAGUGGCCACGUUGGUGCCUUCGCGGCAGCCGAACUCGAGGGUCUGGGGCGUGGCUUUCGAGAUCAACGGGCGAGAGGAGAUUGACGCAGCUCUGGAGCAUUUGGCUGAGCGUGAAAUGAUCACCGGUGGCUAUCGCUUCGAUCAGGCGCGCUUCCAUUCGCUCCGAUUGCGCAAGUCGGCUGGUGACAUCUUCCCUGUCAGGCCUGAAGCAUCGGGGACUGGUGGUGUUGCGUCCGCUCCGCCGGCAGAAGUACCAAUGGAGAUGUUUGUCCAGGUCUACAUUGCCGAGCCUGGCAACAGGCAAUACGUUGGCGAUGCUCCACUCGACUUGCAGGUAAUUGGACCACUAUUGCGCUUACUGCAGAAAAAGCCAUUUCACACACAUCAUACAGCGCUGCGACGAGUGUGGAGAAACCGAGUUUUUCGUUCCGGCCGUUCUCAGACUCCCUGUUUCUAUAAAGACAUGUCGAUUUAG